UUACUUAGAUAUUCUGCCAUUCGAACGGCCAGCUUUUGCUGUCAGUGACUUCAAACCAAACAACAACUCAACUCAAUCAAUUUCUCGUAGCUGCGCGGGGGGCUCGCAAAAGCGGCACGGGACAACUCAAUAUG